UGCUAAUUUAAGUUAUGGAUUUACUGAUUUUGAAAAUAAAACUGAAAGCUUUACAUUCACAUCAGCUCCUAAUAUAACUAAUGCAAUGGUGACUAGUAACGCUCUUUCAAUCAUAUUUGAACUGGAAUUUAGUACUUCUGUGGAAGAUGCAUAUACAUAUACUUUACAUCAAAGAGAUUAUUGUAAAAAUCAACUCAAUUCAUCUGAAAUCAACAAUACACUGAUCAGUGAAAUCAAUGACACCAUAGUACUGAUCAAUAUUCAAUCAUUGAUGUAUGAUGAAACAUGGUCAGUGUCAGUUGAAGUAGCUGUUUGUCAAUAUAAUGAUACUACACAAUAUAUAAACAUUACUAAUGGCAGUGAUACAGAUAAGAUAUUAGAUUGCAGGUCGGACCCAUUGAUGUCUUCAACAGCAACAGUAUCACUAACACUAUCAUCAUCUAUUUCAUCUAUGGAACACGCCUCAUUCUUUGUUUCCCCCUCCUCCUCCUCCUCUUCAUCUGUCACUAAUACGCCAUCUGGAACCCCAGUUAGUGGUAAAAGUAUAAAUAUAACAACCGUAAUAGGAGGAGUAACUGGAGGAGUAGUAACUUUAAUAUUGAUAUUAAUUGUUGCAGUAUUGAUUGCAUGUAAACUAAAGAAAAGAGGAUCUUUUAAUCCAACAAGUGAAGGAGAGAAUGAAGGUAAUGAUGGCAGAGAGACCUUUGAACUAGAAAUUAAUGAUACUGCUGAUGAUGGAGAAGCACCUACAGAUAAUACAAGUGCAUCAAUUGAUGACAUGGAACCAACAGAUGUCAGCAAUGAAGGCUAUGAGCGACAAACUCAUUUAGUAAGUUAGCAAUACUUUAUAAAGAAGGUAUUUUUGUCCUCCAUUCACAUUUGGAGAUACAAUACUUGUACAUACAGUAUCUAAACUUGUAAUUGAUCCUUGUUCAGAUAAUAAUACCUGUCUCCAGUCCAAAACAGCAUCUGUCUAUACACAGUGAUAUUGUAUUAAUACUUACCAUUGUCUGCUAGUGUAAGUUUGUCAUCAACAACUGUGUAUAAAGUUUAAUGAUUAUAUGUGAGCAAUGUCACUAGAUAGCAUGACAAUAAAAGCAACAGACAAUCCAAUAACUGUGAAUAAGGGCUGAAACUAAAAAU